AUGAAGAUGCGCUACAUCAACUUUGCUUUUGUUUCUCUGUGGCUCCUGGGAUUCCAGUACUGCCGAAUUCACAAUUACCGUGAUCCUACGUCGUACUUUUUCAAGCCCGAACGAGCGUACCGCAGCGAGUAUUCCAACACUAGAAUCCUCGAAGCCCAACGGUUCAUCGAAGAACAUGCUGGAGUACCCAGCUUGCGGACCAAUCGAAUACUCCGCCCAACUGAAGAAGCACCCAGACUAUGCAUUGGCAUACCCAGCUUUGGACAAAGGCCUGGCAUGGACGAUAGUCUCUUGCACACUCUUGCUUCACUCAUCGACCGUCUGACACACGUUGAACGAGAUACUAUCUACAUUGCCGUUCUCAUUGUCGACAACCCACCCACAAAACAUCCAAGCUUUUACACGCAGCAGCUGACAAUGUUUGCUGACGAGAUUCUUGGUUACGACGGCCACAUCAACCGCACCAAGACUGUCCUCCCUUUUGAUGCCGGGAACCUCAACCCGGUCCUAAUCCCCGACACCCUUUCGAUGAAACGAAAAAUAGACUCCGACGUUGCCCUCCUAGUUGACGCAUGCCAAUCGACUCAGGCGAGUUACUUUGCGCUCGUUGAAGACGACGUGGUAGCCUCAAAGGAUUGGUUCGCCAGGACCUUAGAAGCAGUGGCGUUUCUCGAGGAAAAGAGGGAUAAGUCACACAGGGACUGGCUCUAUCUUCGGUUAUUCUACUCAGAGACCUAUCUUGGCUGGAAUGAUGAAGAGUGGAUGUGCUAUGCGGCCUGGAUUGUCAGCGCCUACGUCUUUGUCGUUUCCUGCCUUGCGAUUGCUACCCGUUUCUCGGCCCCCGGGCGGCCGACCACCUCCUGGCGAUGCUCGAAACAUUUCAUCAAGAUCUACGCUUCAGUAUUGAGCCUCUGGCUACCAUUGACCAUCGCGUUGUACUUUCUGGCCGGAAGACUCACGAUGCAGCCGAUGUCACCUGGCGUACACCAAAUGUCAAACUACGGUUGCUGCACGCAGGCACUCGUAUUUCCGAAGCGGCACAUGGAAGAUUUAUCUCAUCAUCUCCGAGAUGCCGAAUUUGAGUUGUUUCCAGAUCAGAUGAUCGAGAUAUUGGCUGACAGGGAGGGCCUUUCCAAGUGGGCGUUGGUGCCGAGCGCCGUGCAACAUGUUGGAAGGAAGAGCUCGUCCAUCGCGGGUGGAAGGACCAAGCCGACGUGGAAUUUCCGAUUUGAGAAGCAACAAUAA